UGCUGCGUCACGCUGCCAUCCGCCUCGCGCGCUCCUUCAUGCCGACACGCACGCGCCUCCUCCUCCUCCUCUUUAUCAUUUCCGUGAUCUGCUGGAGUUGAGUUGCGCGUGCAGAGCAGAGCAGAGGUCCGUUUCUAAAGAAGGUUCAGAUUCUGAUCGGUACCUGAUCAGCACGAGCUUCGGGUCUGUUCGGGUCCAUUCUCCCGCUGCUGCUCAGAGGCAUGAGCCGAACCGGACCCGCUCCAGCUGCAACUUGCAGAACCGACUCUCUCUCCUGCUGAUGAGGAUGAUGAAGGACCCGCUCCACGCGCUCCGGCGACCCCGCGCGCAGCUCUAAGAUGACACCGGGACUCGGAGCGCGGCACGCGGCUCGGAUCCACACCAACCCGGGGUAACACGUCACACAGACACCACARGAAGCUGAAAGUUCGGGUCCCUGGAGACGGAGAGGGAGAGUCCGGGCGCAGAGCGCGGAGCGGCGGGGAGAGGAGGCGCAGCGAGCCGCGGGGAGCCGCAGAGGAGAGGUCCAGUGAUGCUGCUGCCACGGACCUCCGUCCGGUCCGCGCUCCUCAUCCUCCUCCUCUUCAUCCUGCUGCAGACGCCGGGACGCUGCCAGGCGGCCGCCCGGCACCAGGGCUCCGCUGCCCAGGCGGAGACGCGCAGGGGCCGCCACAGUCUGGCGCAGCUGGCCGCCCGGUACCGGAGGGGCCCGGUGGGCUUCAGCGGGCACGAAGCGGUGGGUCCGAAACGGCAGAGCCAGUCGAACCACGAAGGUCGCCUCAGUGACCCGAAGCACAAGGAGAAGUUUAUCACACACCUGACAGGUCCUCUUUACUUCAAACCUCAGUGCCGGAAACAGUUCCACCGUCUCUACAACAACAYCAGGGACUGCACAGUUCCCGCCUUUUAUAAAAGAUGUGCUCGUCUGCUGACUCAACUGGCCAAGAGCCCUCGCUGUGCCGAGAGAUAAACAGACCGCAAGACGGUAAGCUGAGCGCCAACAUGCACCCACAAUCCUCCUGACUCCAACCAUGUUGCAGAUCAUCUCAGGUGCUGCAUCAGUCCAAAGGAUAAAUGUGGAAUUCAGUUAAUCCUGAGCAYUGAUGUUAGGAGAUUUAGGGCUAAGAACACUUCUGAGUUUUCCUAAAAGCUUUUAGUUCACGCAURAAGUUUGGUUUCUGUCCGAGCAAACAUCGACUCAAACACGGGUUUAGCAUCUUUAUCUGACAUAUCUGCAGGCGAGCCGCCCAUCCAGCCAGACCACAAGACCACAGAAGAAGAACAUCUUCUGCACAAUGGAGACUUUGUGAAGCGUGCAACAAGCGCCUGAGAGAAUAAAGGCUGGAAACCAGCCACAAAAUGACUUUGCAACCAGCUUCAAACCUGCAGAGAGCAACAACAUUCAGUUCAUCCUCAGAACAAAAUAUUUCUGUUUGUUGACCAAACCAAAAGGUUUCUGCACAGUUUGACUUAAAGAUAUCACUAAAACAAAUACAGAGUUUGAUCAAAUCAAAGAACAGAGGAUUCAUAUCCAGCAUCAGGUUAGUGAGAUGGAAAAUGAGCAGCAAAAWAAGAGAAAUAAAUGAAUAAACUUAAAACCAGCAUGUGGAAAAAUCCCAGCAGUGAGAAAAACAGAAAAGUCACAACUUCCAU